AUGAUGUUACGAAUCCAAAGAAAUCCGUCACUACUACUACGUCGUAAUAACUUUGUACCCAGAUCCAUAGUCUCAUCAACUCGACAUUUCGCAUCAAAUCCAUUCCCAAUUAAUCAAAAACAACCAAAUAAAGAUGAUAAAAAAGACCAACCAAAAUCAAAAUUCGGAAGAUUAGUCAAAUAUACUCAAUCAAAAUAUUUCCAAGAUAAAACGAUGCCCAAAAUAUAUAUAAGUGCAUUAGUAGUUUCAUUAGUUCCAUUAUAUUUUUAUAUGAGAGAUCGUUUCCAUGAAGAUAAACAAUUAAAAUAUAUAAAUGAUAAAUAUGCAAAAGAUCCUUCAUCGUUAUCUGAAUAUGAAUAUUUAGCUUUGAAAUCAUUAAGUACAUCAGAUAAAUUAAGACCCUUGGAAGCAAAGAAAUAUAAGAUUUACCAACUAAUGAGAAAAGAAUUUAGAAGAAAGAAUUUAUUUAAUGGAGAAAUGUUUAAUCCAUCACCUCAAGAAUUAGAAGAAUGGUAUCUGAAACAAGUUAGAGUUGGGAAGGGCAAAACAGUUAAAAAGGCACCAGUAUUAACAGAUGUAGAUGAAGAUUAUAAAAUCAAUAAAGAAAAUUCAUCAAUUGUUUCACCAGAAGAUACAACUGAGUUUUAUGACACCAAGGCAAAAGAAUAUGAUGAUGCAGUGAAAUGGGAAGAAAGAGGUAUAUUUAUGGGUUUGAAAAGAAGAUGGUUGAUGUCGAAUAUUAAAGGGGACGUGUUGGAAAUUUCUUGUGGAACAGGUAGAAACAUUCCUUAUUUAACAUCAUUCAUUGACAAAGUAAAAUCAAUUACAUUUUUAGAUUCUUCACAAAAUAUGAUUGAAAUCACUAAAGAAAAAUUUAAUGAUAAAUUUCCAAAUUUUAAAAAUGUUGCUUUUACAAAAGGUAAAGCAGAAGAUUUAUUAGAAAUGGUUGGAGAAAAUAAUAAUUUGAAAUAUGAUACAAUAAUUGAAGCAUUUGGAUUAUGUUGUCAUGAAAAUCCAGUAAAAGUUUUAAAAAAUAUGAGUAAAUUAUUAAAACCAGGUGGUAGAAUUAUUUUAUUAGAACAUGGUAGAUCAAAAUGGGAUUUUAUAAAUAAUCAUUUAGAUUUUAGAUCUGAAAAAAGAAUGAAAACUUGGAAAUGUAGAUGGAAUUUAGAUAUAGGAGAAUUAGUUGAUGAAGCUAAUUUAGAUAUUACUUUGGAAAAAAGAGCUCAUUUGAGUACUACUUGGAUGUUGGUACUAAAAAGACCUGAAGAUCCUAUUACUACUGAUGAAAAACCAUUUUUGGAUAAAUUAUUUGGUAGGGAAGUUAAAACUAUUAGUAAAUAA